GGGGAAGGGAACCGGAAACCGGAUGGAGAGCUGAACCAGGCUGAGGUCAGAGAACAGAUUGAUGGAUCAAGCUGUUCAGUCAACCCCUGAGGUCCCUUCUGGGAGAAGAGGUUGCGAGGGAGAAGAACCCUGACCCCUGCCCUAUGGGAGGCCCAAACAGGUGGCAGUGACAUGGCUUUACCCCAGGCUUAUCCACUGGGGCCCCUCCAUGAACCUGCGAGUGCCCUAAUGGAGCCCCAGCCUUGCCCUCAAAACUUGGCUGAAGGCUUCCUGGAGGAGGAGCUUCGGCUCAGCUCUGAACUGAGCCAGCUGCGGUUCUCAGAGCCCGUGGGCAUCAUCUACAAUCCUGUGGAGUAUGCGUGGGAGCCACACCGUAGCUAUGUGACCCGCUACUGCCAGGGCCCCAAGGAAGUGCUGUUCCUGGGCAUGAACCCAGGACCCUUUGGCAUGGCCCAGACUGGGGUGCCCUUUGGGGAAGUGAACAUAGUUCGGGACUGGUUGGGCAUCGGGGGGCAUGUGUUGACCCCUCCCCAAGAGCACCCUAAGCGACCAGUGCUGGGACUGGAGUGCCCUCAGUCAGAGGUGAGCGGUGCCCGGUUCUGGGGCCUUUUCCGGAAACUGUGUGGACAGCCUGAAGUCUUCUUCCGUCACUGUUUUGUCCACAAUCUGUGUCCUCUGCUCUUCCUGACCCCCGGUGGGCGCAACGUCACUCCCGCUGAGCUACCUGCCGAGCAGCGAGAACAGCUUCUUGGGGCCUGUGACGCGGCCCUCCGCCGGCAGGUGCAGCUGCUGGGGGUGCGGCUGGUGGUGGGAGUGGGGCGGCUGGCAGAGCAGCGGGCACGGCGGGCUCUGGCAGGCCUGAUGCCUGUGGUCCGGGUGGAGGGGCUCCUGCACCCCUCACCUCGUAGCCCUCAAGCCAACAGGGGCUGGGAGGCUGUGGCCAAGGAGAGACUGAAUGAGCUGGGGCUGCUGCCGCUGCUAAUGAAAUGA